AUGGACGACAUCGAAGAGCAAACGACGAGAAGUGAACCCGACAAAGAUGACAGCCCCAACGCCUCAACUUCUGUUCUGGCUUCAGACCCCGCACCAACGAGAUCGUGGCAAGACGAAGAACAGGUGCUUCCGAAGAAUCACAUUCCAUUAGUGUUUUUCGCCCUUCUCCUCACUACAUUUCUGGCGGCCUUAGAUGAGACGAUUGUGGCCACUGCUUUACCCACAAUAGUCGCCGACUUGCGUGGCGGGAAAGAUUACUCUUGGGUUGGCAGUGCCUAUCUACUUGCGACAGCAGCCAUGAGUCCGCUCUAUGGCAAAGUAUCUGAUCUCGUUGGACGCAAAGCCGUCCUGUAUCCAAUAAUAGUCUUGUUCUUGAUUGGUUCUGCACUAUGUGGCGCUGCUCAGAAUAUGACGUGGCUCAUCGCCGCUCGCGCUAUUCAAGGCAUUGGCGGAGGCGGUAUCCUGCAGAUGGUGAACAUCGUUAUCGGUGACAUAGUCCCGCUCGAAAAACGUGGGACCUUCGGUGGUUACACUGGGGCCCUCUGGGGCAUCGCUUCCAUUGUUGGACCACUUGUGGGAGGAGCUCUAUCGGAUCACGCAUCUUGGAGAUGGUGCUUUUGGAUUAACUUGCCCACAGGCGGCAUCGCCCUCGCCCUCCUCGUUUCCUCAUUGCAUUUCAAUCCCUUACAAAACGACAAAUCUUUCCGACAACACAUGGCAGAGUUCGAUUUCCAGGGCCUAGUAUUAUUGAUAACAGGCGUAGUCUGCCUGCUUCUAGGAUUUAAUCAAGGCGAGACAAGCUGGAAAUCGCCGGCGACUAUCACUUUGCUGAUAGUUGGCGGCGCUGUCCUCGUCAUUGCGGCGAUAUGGGAAUGCUUCACGAGUAGAUCCCCAAUUAUCCCUCCACGACUAUUCAGAACACGGACCACUGCGAUCAUUCUGAUCACGGUCUUCCUGCACGCUUUCGCGUUCUUUGCAGCUUCUUACUACCUACCGGUCUACUACCAAGCUCUCGGGGCGUCUGCGACGCUCGCUGGCGUGAAGAUGCUCCCUUUCUGUCUUGGUGCAUGCAUAGCAUCGUUCAUCGUAGGGUUCUUAGUCAACAUCCUUGGGGACGUCAGGCGUAUUAUGGCUGUUUCUUUCGCCGUCAUGACACUGGGUUUCGGUCUGAUGACCCUGCUCACCAAUACGUCAUCAAUUGCAACACAGGAGAUAUACCCUCUGAUCUCUGGAAUUGGGUUUGGCGGCCUCUUUUUCCCACCUGUCACAGCGACCGUCGGUUUGGUAAGACAGCUAGGCUCGACCAUCGGCGUCUCUGUCGGACAAGCAAUUUGGACGAGCGAAAUUCGCCGACGCUUGCAAGGAGUGCCAGGGUUGAAUAUUGACACUUCCAGCUCAGGAAUUGCCGACAGCGUCCGGGAAUUGAAGAACAUACAGCCUAUCUCCCUUCGCAAUUUGGUGCAGCACGCAUACACCAAGAGCAUAGCAGUCAUUUGGAUCCUCGACACACCUUUGCUAGGUCUCUCUUUCAUCAUGGUGCUUUUCAUGAAGCACUACUCGCUAAAGCGCAAGUUCGUGCAGUCUGACGAGGAAUCAUCGCAGCCGAGAACGGGCGCGGCACCCCCGUCCGAUACCGACGACGCGCAUGCGUCAAGAGCCGCUGACUCUGCGCACGAUCAACCAGAGGCUAACGACGAAGCCUACAUAGCAGACCAAGCCAUAGAAAGCGGUCGCGAGUAGCAGCACAGUUACCGGGGCCGGUCUUCUGGCGGCGGAAGGACUCCCACGGUGCCCUAGCAGAACCGUGGGGCACACCAAGGCACCAUCUCCGUCCGUGCGCGCCAGAAGCCUUGGGCGGCCGGCGCCCUGGCUGACAGGAGUUUACGGCUUCAUCAUGGACCCACCGGUGCUCGCAAACAUAGACCUACGCAACGAGGCAGAAACAUGGACCCUGAACAACGAUCGGUUGUUCAUUCCAGGAAGACACUCUGAUGAUCUGGCUGAUAGACAAGAAUGGACGGUGAUGAUAAGCUAAAGAUUGACGGGCGGGCAGGCGGCACAGGUGCGGAACGAAGAGGGGAGGCACGAUCGUUGCUGUUCUCGAUCAAGAUGUCCUUGUACUUGAGCGGUCUGCGUUGUCAAUCCAGUGCAUUUUUAUCCUAGAUGUAGCAAGGUGGGCAAGCCCGUACCGAGCGGGAGAACACUAGGCCAAGACGACCUCACGCCUGCUUCACGUAUGUAGCAUCCAACUGCUUCAGCUGAGGCAGGGCCAGUAUGACCUUUCGUCGGUAAUGAGCUCCUUCUUUCGCUUGGACUGGGUUACCCUCGAGAUAUACAGUCUCAAGGGUUUGGAUGUGUUUAAGUUGUGGUUCCAAAGCUUGGAGCGUGUCAACCUGGUUGUAGCUCAUCCAUAGUUCUUCAAGGUUCUCAAGAUGUGAGACAUUCUCAAGCUCGGUAAUAAGGUUAUUGCCGAUGUCGAUGGUGCGAAGAUUGAGGUUCUUCUCGAUACCCUCUAUCUUCUUGAUGCCGUUGUGACUAAUGUACAUCUCCUCCAAGCUUUGGAGCUCCUCAAGCCCCUCCAGUUUUGUGAUACGGUUCGAUUGUAUAGACAAUAUCUUUAGCUUCUUGAGCGUAUUCAAGCCCUCUAGCUUUGCAAUCUUAUUCUUACCCAGCCAAAGCUCGUCUAGAUUCCCCAGGGCCUCAAGCCCCUCUAUUCUGCGUAUCCUGUUGCCGCCCAGCUCCAGACUUCGAAGCGUACGGCCAACACCACCCAAGCCCUCGAUGUGAGAGAUCCGGUUUUGUACGAAGUAGAUUGUCCGGAGUGAGGUGAGGCGGUCCAGGGAAUUAGGUACAUGCUUGAGGUUGUUGAAGGACAAGUCAAGAACUUGCAAGCUCGAAAGAGUAUUAAGUGCAUCUCCGACAUUUUUGAUGCGAUUGUCGUAGAGAUCCAGCUCCUCUAGUUCUUUGAGAGGAGCUAGUGCUUCAGGGUCAAUUACUGAGAUGUAGUUUUGUCGCAAACAUAGCCUCUUGAGGCAUUGAAAGCGCUGCAGGCCUAAUUUGCUGGUCGAGAAGAGCUUAGAGUGUAUGAUGUCUAUUUCCUAUCGACUAUCAGUG